AUGGCUACAUCGGGUGCUCACCAAUUUAUCCAACAGUUGCCAUAUCACUGCGCACUCUUGCAGCCAUACCGUCAAAUACAUCGAACUUGCCCUCGGUUCAGUGUCCAAGCCCAAGUCAAGAGUCUCUGUUUCCUGCAUGACUCUCCCUAUCGACCAUACCUUUGCGUGCAAUUUUCAGCCGCUUACGAUAUUUAUCUGGAAAUCAUCCACCGUGUGAAUCAGCGCCUUCGCAAGGCGCUGAAACACACCACACCGCAUUGGCGCAUGCUUAACGCAUGCCCAGCAUGCUUCUACGUGCUGGAGGACGAGCCUGCUCUAGAAUUCGAUUGGCUGGUGUCUAUAGAUGGCAACAAUAGUCUGAAACGGUGGGACUCCGCGAUCUACGGCUCAACCAGGCGUACAGAUUCUCGUAAGGCACGGUCGGACUACUGGCUUGACACUUGUGAUGUAGACAGGUUCAAAGAUGAAGUCAGAACACGACAGAGGGAUUCGGACGAUGACAACUGGACAGAUGAAACCACCGCAAACGAAGGUGCUGGGACAUUCACGUGCGUCAACCGGUGGCGUAAUGCCGGACCAGACACUCGCAAAAAAAUGUUCUCCGUAUUCGAUGAAUCAGGUAUUUUCAUCGCAGUGUGUCGUCAUCGAUUCGUGUUUCUGGCAUGCGACAUGGUCCGGAGUGGGGAAUUGGCUAAAUAUCCGCUUGCUAUUAUUGAGAAGCUCCUCGCAGUGUAUGGGAAGAAUGGCGGCUGUGCCUACGACAUCGGAUGCGCCUUUUCGAAGACUUUAACUAACAGUUCCCUGGGAACGCAAGCACGCGAGUUAGAUUUUCGGCUCAUGGUAGGCGCCUUUCACGGACACGCCCAUAACCGCAAAUGCCAGCUAGACUGGCAUCCCAUGACCAUUCGGGGAAUCGGACACACUGAGGGCGAAGGUUGUGAACAUGUAUUCUCGUCAUCAAAUGAGCUUGCUCGCAGUACAAGACAUGCGACCCCAUUCCACCGGCGCCAGACAAUCGAGGAGCACUUCUCGUUCUGGGACGCUGACAAAUAUGCCGCGCUCAGUGCGCACGUUCUUUGGAAUCAUUAUCGAGAGGGAUUAAAAUCGAUUCAGACGCUCACCGCCGAGCUCACAGCCAUCAAGGCCGAGUUAUUUCUUACUGAUGAAGAUUUCCCGCGAUUUCUUGAUGAAGAACGUAAUUACCUUGACAGAUUGAAGCUGCCACCAAUUCGGGAUCAACUCUGCAUACGCUACGUUGAGGUUUUGGACGAACUUGCCGAACGGCGUGCUGAUUGGGAUGUAGCUCGCGAAGUUGGCAACAACGCCCUUACUAAUAUCCCCACUGGAGGCUUAACGCAGAUCAACAGUGCCCUCGCACAAGCUCGUAUUCGAGUUGACUCUUCAUACAUUAAGCUACAGAACGCCGAGGGACUUGUCGCGCAUAUAGAGGCUCAGUUGGCCGUGGACCAGCGGUGGGAGAUUGGUGGACUGGAGUACCAACGUUUCAAGGAAGAAGCGAGCAUGGGCAAGUAUCGCACCGCCUUAGAUGAGCUAGAGCGCCUCGUUGUGAUGAGGCUGUUCGAGCUCUCGAAACUGUCAUUAUCAGGAACCGGGUACAAGCUACGGCAGCAGAUUGGCAAAGCUCUACAACGUCGUUCAGAAGCUAUUCGCAAUGCCAUUAUUCGCUACAACACUCAAGCCGCCGGACUCAACCCACCGCGUCCGAAUAUUUCUUGGAAAGAUAUUGCUGAUUAUGGCUUUCUAGGCGAAUUUGAUCUUCUGCGUCAUUCUCGCGAUGACAUUCGAAGCAGUGAUUGGUCGAAGCCGGGUCAUCGAGAGGCCACCACGAAAUACUUCAAGCUUCAUCGAGCUCGCGAAGAAAUCACUCGUUUAAACGUUGAAGUUCGGCGCCUGCGCACCGCCAUCCAUGAUGAAGAGCUUGGGGUGUCUGACGUCAUGCAGGAACUUCUCGUUUCAGACCCUCACCUGGCCUGCGAGCUACAGCGCCAAUAUCGUUCGCGCCUGGCUAUCAAUGCAGUGCAUUGUUACUGGUUGAGUCGCAUUGAGAAACUCGCAGGUUUUUCGGGAGCCAAAGGUGUUGGCGUCCGCCUUCAGCGCGCUGGUGAAUCUACUCGUGAUGCUGAUCAAGUUGGCCAUCGUGGACAACCGCUGGGGAAUAUUGCGAGUUUCCAGGUCAAUUCUGAAUCCCUCGAGAACACUGACCUUGACGCCAUUGAUCAAGAAGAACAAGAUGCAUUGACGGAAGAGAUGGCUGAUUAUUUACAAUCGAUUGUUGACUGA